UUUAUUUGAAGUUCAGAGAAAAACAUUUGCAUUGAUGAGUUUCAGAGGCACCAGUUCAGACAUGAAACAAGAAACCCAAACCUCAUUCAAGAAGUGAAUCAUUGAAGAAUGAUGGCAUCUGUCAAAGAGCUGAUUGUGAAUACACUGAAUGAACUUGGAAAAGAUGAUCUGAAGAAGUUUCAGUGAUUCUUGAACGAUCAUAAACCGCAGGGUAUUCCAAAAGCUGAAAUAGAGAAUGCAGAUGUUUUAGACACAGUGGACAAGAUUGUGGAGCGUUUUGGACCAGAAGAAGCUGUGAAGAUCACAGUCAACAUCCUGAGGAAGAUGAAUCAGAACCUUCUGGCUGAGGAGUUGGAGAACAAAUACAAGGAAGGUAUUUUCCAAGCAUAUGACAUUCAAACCAGAGAUUCAACUGCAGAAAGUCAACAUGAUCUUCAUGAUUACGGAAAAAUCAGUUUCAACCUGAAGAAGAAAUUACAACAGGACUACAGGCAGAUAUUGGUUGGUAGUUCACAAACAGGUCAUCAGAAAUAUCUGAGUGAUAUUUACACUGAUCUAUAUAUGGUGAAGAAUGAGACUGGAGGAAUAGUGACUGAACACGAGGUGAGACAGACUGAACAGAACAUCCACCAAAUUAAUGUGAAGGACCCCACAGUCUUGAGCAAUGACCUGUUCAAAGUCCAGUAUGAUACUGGUCGAAGAAACCGGAAAGUGCUGACGAUGGGAAUCGCAGGGGUGGGAAAGACCGUCUCUGUUAAUAAAUUCAUUCUUGACUGGGCUGAAGGAAAAGAAAAUCAGGACAUACUCCUCAUAUUUCCUCUUCCAUUCCGUAGACUGAACAUUAUUACAAAAAAGUACAGUCUUAUGGGACUGCUUAACAAAUGCUUCUUUAGUGGUCCUGAAGAACUGCCCUCUCUUCCUGAAGAUGACGGUAAGGUCAUGUUUAUCUUUGAUGGGCUGGAUGAAUGUCGCUUGCCAUUGAAGUUUAAAGAGGACUACACAUUAACAGAUGUGCAUAAAAAAACAACAGUGAGUAAGAUAGUUACAAGCCUGAUUGAGAGACAUCUGAUUCCUUCUUCUCUUGUCUGGAUCACAUCCAGACCAGCAGCAAUUGGUCGGAUACCUCGAGACUACAUUGAUCAGGUGACAGAGGUGCGAGGAUUCAAUGAUGAGCAAAAAGAACAAUAUUUCAUCAAAAAUAGCCCUCCUGAGCUUGCUGGAACCAUCAUCCGUCACAUCAGGAAAUCCAAGAGUCUGUACAUAAUGUGCCACAUCCCUGUCUUCUGCUGGAUCUCUCUCACUGUUCUUCAGCCACUACUGGCUCGAGAGAGCAAUGACAAAACACCCACAACUCUCACAGAGAUGUAUACAAGCUUCUUACUCUCUCAGAAGCAACAUAUGGAAACAAAGUACUGCAAUGAUCCUGGACCUAAGCCCAAAGCCAGGUGUUUUGAUCAGGUUAUUCUGAAGCUUGGGAAACUGGCAUUUAAACAGCUGCUGAAAGGAAAUCUGAUUUUCUACAAAGAAGAUCUUGAGGAGUGUGGACUAGAUGUCAGUGAAGGGUCAGUGUACUUUGGGUUUUGCACUCAGAUCUUUCAGGAGGAAAAAGCUGUGUCAGAGAGAAAAGUUUAUAGCUUCAUUCAUCUCAGCAUCCAGGAGUUCCUCGCUGCUCUCUACGUGUUUUUCAAACACAAACAUUCAGUAAAACAUAACUUCCUUAAUUCUUGGAGAGAAAUGCUGAUGUUGAAACCUAACAACUACAGAAACUCCAAAAAAUCAUUAUAUGGCCUUCAUAAGUCUGCUAUCAACAAGGCUCUACAGAGCAAGACUAGACACCUGGAGCUUUUCCUUUGGUUUCUCUUGGGUCUCUCACUGGAGUCCAAUCAGAGUGACCUGAAGGAGCUGCUACCAGAACUGGAACUGAAAACAGAGAAUGUCAAAGAUUCUGCUGACUAUAUUGAACAGACAAUAGAGAUGCAGAAAUCAGUGGAGAGGAUUGUCAACCUAUUUCCCUGUCUAUUUGAACUGAAAGAUGACUUUGGAGAGGACCUCCUGAAAAAUGUGAGCUCAGGAAAUCUUUCAGCUCUUAAUCUUUCUUCUGCUCAGUGGCCGGCUCUGCUGUUUAUGCUGCUGAUAUCAGAAGAAACUCACGAGAGGUCUGAACUGCAGCAGUUCAACAGAUCUGAUGAAGCACAGAAGUUGUCAGUGACUGCAAACCCCAGAACAGCAGUGUUCUCAAACCUCAAAUCUUCUGAGCUCAGUACUGACCCUCUGCUUAAGUGUCAGUCUUGUGUUCAUAUAGCUGAUCCAGAUCAGUGGGUUCAGAUUGAGCCGUCACUCUGUACAGAUAAAGGAGUGUCAAAAUUCAAGGUCAGCACUCAACCAGGCCGUUAUGAGUGUGUCAGGACCAGGAUGAGAUGGGUCUGUGAUUGUGACGUCACUCUUCAGUAUCACACUGUAGACGGUCAGUUUCUCAACACAGAGCUGAAGAUGCUGCAGUGCAAACGAAUCGCUCCAGUGAUUGACGUGACGGUGAUCUCAGGAAAACUGGAGGAAGUUCAUCUGCCACAUUACGCCUGUUUAGGAGAGUCUGAAGCUUCCCUCAGAGAUGCUGUGAAAGUCCUCAGCAUAGAAGAUGAAGGAUCAUAUGUAGAACCUGUGCAGUUGACACGAUUCCAUGCUAAGAUUGUCCAACCAUCCUUCUCUCGUAAAACAUUAAUUAUAAGUUGGAAAAAACUAUGGUACGAACACUGCGAUCUUCUUCUCUACAUGCGCUCUGAAUCUCCUCUCAUUCUACAUGUCUACUUUUUUCCAUUUGAUGCUCGUGCAAAAGAAAAAGUUGAGAAUAUUGAAAAAUCAAGUUAUUUGAUCUUACAUCCCAGACCUGACAGACCGCUUCGGAUGAAUACGCCACACAAUCUUGAUGUUCCUGGUGCCAAUGUCCAUCCCAAAGAAGGGAUCACACUCAGAAGAGAAAUGGAUCCAAACUUCUUCAAGAUCAAGACACGUCUGGAGAACGAUGUUCAAAUGAAUCUUAUCAGAGAAAAGGACAAGAAGAUUGUCUGGACUGCUUUAAUUGAGAAAGAUGAACUCAAUCAGAUUCCUCCACAGAGAGAUGAGUCUCGUCUGAAGAGUGAGGCAGAGAAAGCAAGAUAUUUUGAUGACCACUGGCCAUAUCUCAUUCAGAGAGUUACAAAUGUCCAGAUCAUUGCAGAUAAACUGCUUCAGCAGAAACUAAUCCACGCAGAACAAUAUUCAGAAAUCAAAGUGAAUCCAUCCAUUCAGGAUGGCAUGAGAAUGAUCUGUGACCUUAUACGUAAGCAUGAUGACACAAUGAAAGCUAAACUCAUCUCAAUUCUUCAGGAAGAGAAGCUUUACCACUUUUGAACAUUGGUCUGAUUCUACACUUUGAGCUCUGAGAGCAUCUCAGACUGAAGAGUACUCUAGUGAGGAUGCAAGAAAAUACUGAAUUAUAAUCAUAAUAGCAUUACAAAUCAGUAAUUGAUUCUUUUUUUGGGGGGAGGGGUGGUUGUCUAAGUAAAGGGACAUCUAAGUACAGAGAAUGUGAAAUGAGUUCAGUGUAUACCCACAUUUAUACUUAUAUUUUUCUUAAUUAUAUUUCAGACUUGGUGAAUUCCUAGAGAAAUUUUUUUUUCUUGGUAAAACAUUAGCCAUAAACUAUAGAAUUUAGCAUUUUACCCAAUAUGCCACUGUAACAAAACAAAGUUUGGUGAACAGCA